GAUUUCCGGUAAUUCUGAUCGAUAUACCUGGGAGCAAUACCUAAAUGGAACCAUUUAACUUAAUGCUAGUAGAUCUAUCGAGAAAACUUCGAAAAGAAGAUUUCGAGAGUAUAAAAUUCUGUUGUCAGAAAGUUAUACCUGCUGGACGACUAGAGCAAGUAGAUACCCCUUUGCAAUUGUGGGUUCUCCUCCAAGAAAGAGCGGAUCUUUCUCCAGAUAACACACAAAUAUUAACAGAUUUGAUCAAGUCAACAGGCAGAUCAGAUUUAUUACAAAUUAUAGAAGCCUAUGACAAUAAGACGUACACCAAUUGCCAACAUUCAGCACCCUCUUCAAGCUAUAAACAAGAAGUGGCGUCGAAAGGGAAAAUAGUGGAAAUUGAGAGAGAAAUAGAGCUAAUUGUUUCAGAAAUUGGUAGAGAUUGGAAGCGUUUUGCGAGAAAACUCCAAUUAUCAGAUGCUGAUAUAGAUUACAUUACAGAUAAUUUUACUCGAAAUAGUCGUGAAUGUUGUCGACAAUCAAUUUUAACCUGGUACGAAAGAAGACCAUCAACUGUAGACAUUUCUCCUGUUCAACAACUUAUAACUGCUUUACGAUCUUGUCAAUUAAACCUAAUAGCCGAUUUAUUAUCAGAUUUACCAACUAGAAACUGAAUAAAAUUCUCUUUUCGUAAUUUAUCUUUAUUUUUAGUUAAUAGACUUCAAAAAAUGGAUAGUUUUGCGAUUAUUGAACACCCGCCAUUUUAUGGACACUGCCU